AUGGAUGUGUCUGGUCCUGCCGCCGAAACCUCCCCAAUGGAGCCCAGUGCCAAGCUCUUCUGCUGUCGGUGCGUGAGGCGCUGCCUCCCUCUGGCCUAUAGAGAGGAGCUGUACCAUAUCCUCUGUAUGACAGGACCCCUGCUGGUAUCUCGCUUCCUGAAUUUCCUUCUGUUCUUUGUUGUGACUAUGUUCUGCGGUCGCUUGGGGAACACAGCGCUGGCUGGCUACGCCAUGGCUUCAGCUACAAUCAAUGUAACAACUGCAGCAACAGGACUGGGGCUAGCCUUAGCAUGCGACACACUAGUGUCACAGACGUUUGGGAGUAAGAACCUUCUGCAGGUUGGUGUGAUCCUGCAGAGAGGCAUCCUGAUCCUGCUCCUCUUCUGUCUGCCAUGUUGGGCCAUACUCAUCAACACACAGGCUCUUCUCCUGGUACUGGGCCAGGAACCAGAGGUUGCCAGGAUAGCUCAGCUCUAUUGUGUGGCGUACUUGCCUGCUGUUCCGGCCAUGUUUCUAUACCAGUUACAACUGUCCUAUCUUCAGAAUCAGGCUGUAAUUAUACCUCAGAUGUAUGCAUCUAUAGUGGCCAAUGUUAUCAACGUGCUGUCAAAUUACACCCUGCUGCACUGGUUGGACUUAGGUGUGGAAGGGUCUGCGGCAGCCAAUGCACUGGCUCAGGUCCUGAACUGUAUUAUCCUGUUUGUGUACAUUCGUUGGAAGAAGCUUCAUGCCAAAACAUGGGGAGGUUGGUCCUUAGAGGCUUGGCAGGAGUGGGGCGCUUAUAUGAAGUUAGCUCUCCCUAGCACGCUAAUGAUAUGCUUUGAAUGGUGGAUUUAUGAAAUUGGAGGAUUUCUGGCUGGAAUGUUGAGUGAGAUCGACCUGGCGGCCCAGCAUGUGGUCAUUAUGCUCGCUUACAUAAACUACAUGAUUCCUCUAGGUCUUCAGGGGGCCGCUUGUGUCCGAGUCGGAAAUGCAUUAGGAGCGGGGAAUACAGCGGGAGCUAUACUCACCAGCAAAGUGUCUCUCAUCUGUGCAGCUGUACUGGCAGUCUUUCAGGGUCUUGUGCUUGGCUCCACAAAAACAGUCAUUGGCUACAUUUUUACCUCAGAUGAAAACAUUGCGCAGGUAGUGUCCAAACUCCUGAACAUAUACUGCCCCCUGCAGUUCUUUAACGGACUGCUGUGUGUUGGCAUGGGGAUUUUGUUGGGUACAGGACAGCAGAAGAUAGCAGCGAUUGCUAAUCUCUUUGGCUACUACUGCAUCGGCCUUCCUCUCGUUAUAGUUCUGACUUUUCCAGCUCAGCUCCAAGUAGCUGGCUUUUGGUUGGGCCUUCUCAUUGCUGUCGGUUUGCUCUCUUGCUUUUUCAUCAUCGUGAUACUGAAGCUGGACUGGAAGAAAAUGACAGCGGAGGCUAUUGCGCGUGCAGGAAAGAGUAAGAACGUUGCCAUUAGGACAUCACAUACUAUGUUUUUGUGUGUGUGUGUGUCCUCUGCUGUGACCCAGAGCACUAAUGGGUACAUGCCAGUGAGCUCUGAGGAGCGAGAGGAGAACAGAGGGAGAGCUGUGACACAGGAGGUGUCGAGAACGGAUCAGGAUCAGGACGGAGAGACGCCCAAAGGACGUCUCUCUGUCUCUCAGCUCAUCAUUAGGAGAGGUUUGACCACUCUGGUCGCCCUCCUCAUCCUCGCUAUGGGAACAGCUGUCCACCUCAUCCUGCCUCUGCCUGAAGUGUCCAAUUCAACUGUAGCUAAUGACACUCUGGAGUGGGAAAAUUUCACUACUGUAGCCUCUCCGCUGAUCCAGUCCACGCAGCUCAUUUAAAAAACACAACACCCUCAGGACAGACUAAUCAGUGUGCCCUUCUCCUUCUGUUGGGUGGGCACAUUCUGAGAGCAAUUAGCACAAAACAUCAUGAUCAUUUUUGGUCAUUUGUAUUUAGAGAAAUCAACAAAUGUAUUUCAGAUCUAAAUCAUAGUAUUGUUGUUCCAAACGACAGUAUGUGGUUCAUUUGUAUCAAAUAUGUGUGUUUAGAUUUACAGUAACAUUGUGUUAGAAUAGUUCACCCAACACCAGCACUUC